GUUUUAUUUGUAUUUCAAUAUGUUUUAUUGUUUUAAUCUAUUUGAAACUGUUUUUGUAAGACACCAUGAUUGCCACUUUUGGUAAAAAGGCAGAAUAUAAAUCAAAUAAAUAGCGUAAAAGAUGUAUGUUGUUGCUUGAAGAAGCAUUCCAAACCUUUUCUGUUGGCAGAGGAGGAUGAGUGCAUCAAAGCCAUAGCCAUUAUCCACAGAAAUGCAUGGUGAUGCUGUUCCUUCCCUCCCUGGUGGUCUUUUUCUAGGGAUACAGAGUUUGGCUGUGAAGCAUUUAAAAGGCUUGCUAAGUGUACGGGUCUGUGUGAGAACUGUCAAGGAUUCUGCCUUCUUGCCCCUCCUAACGUCACUGUUGUCUGAUGAUCUAAUUCAGUGCACAAAUGAGAUGAAUGUGAAUAUCCCACAGCUGGCAGACACGCUUUUUGAGAGGACGGUGAACAGUAGCUGGGUCGUCGUGUUCAAAGCUCUAAUUACAACACACCACCUCAUGAUGUAUGGAAAUGAGCGCUUUAUCCAGUACUUGGCAUCUCGAAAUACAUUGUUUAAUCUCAACAACUAUCUGGAUAAAAGUGCCAUGCAGGGCUAUGAUAUGUCUACCUUCAUCAGACGAUACAGCAGAUACUUGAAUGAAAAAGCACUUUCCUAUAGACUUGUAGCAGUUGAUUUCACCAAAAUGAAAAGAGGGAUUGAUGGUGUGAUGAGAACGAUGAAUACUGAGAAGCUUCUGAAAACCCUUCCGAUUAUCCAGAAUCAACUUGAUGCACUUCUUGAUUUUGAUGCAAACCCAAAUGAACUAACGAAUGGGGUCAUAAAUGCUGCCUUCAUGCUCCUCUUUAAAGAUUCCAUCAGGCUUUUCGCGGCCUAUAAUGAGGGGAUUAUUAACUUGCUAGAAAAGUAUUUUGAUAUGAAGAAGAAUCAGUGCAAAGAAGGUCUGGAUAUUUACAAAAAGUUCUUAGCCAGAAUGACCAAAUUGUCAGAAUUCCUCAAAGUGGCAGAGCAAGUUGGAAUUGAUCAGGGUGACAUUCCAGAUCUUACUCAGGCUCCCAGCAGUCUGCUUGAAGCACUGGAACAGCAUCUGGCUUCUCUGGAAGGGAAGAAGACAAAGGAAGUUUCUGCUGCCAGCAGAGCAAGCACUCUGUCUAGCGCAGUUUCCACCCUUGCCAGCACGGGAAUGUCCUUCAGCAAGAUGGAUGAAAGGGAGAAGCAGCAGGCGCUGGAGGAGGAGCAAGCCCGACUGCAGGCACUGAAGGAACAACGAUUGAGAGAGAUUUCAGUGGUGUCAAAUUCUACCCCUACAUCUGCCUCUCCGAGCACUUUAUCAGGGAAGAGUGUGAAUACGAAUGCUACUGUUGACCUCUUUGCCGCACUCGCACCAACUACUAAUAGCAUGCCCAACCUUUCUACAGAUCUCUUUGAUCUGCAGCCUGCAUUUGUUCCAACAGUACAGAGCACUCCAGCCAUAGCAACGUCAGCGAGUGGCGCCUGGGGAGGGCCUUUCUCAUCAACAAAUGGUUGUGUUGGAUCUCCACCCCACCUCGACCUCUUUGAUAUGAAGCCUGUAGAAGAAGCAGUAAAAAGUACCACCCCUUUUAUGACAUCCACCUUUGCAUCCAAACAAACAGUGGAACUUUUUAGUGGCUAUCCUCUUCAUUCAACAUCACAGAAAACUGCCCCCUCCACAAUCAAUGUGGAUUUUGAUGCAGUAUUUGGUGAAAAAUCCUCGGUGCCUGAGUUUAGAACUGCAACAGAUGAGGUAUUACAGCCAACGGUACCAACACAAAAUCAAAGAGGAGUUAUAACUGGGCAGCAGAGUGGGAAGAUUUUGGCUGGUGACCUUGAUUCUUCACUCGCCAAUCUAGUAGGAAAUCUUGGCUUUGGAGGAACACCGACCAAAAAAUCUGAUAUGCAGUGGAAUCAGCCUACCGAGAAGAAACUUACCGGUGGAACCAACUGGCAAGCAAAAACUAGCUCCUCCACUACGUGGAACACAGUCCCCAUCCCUCCUGCUCCACAGAUGGUACCUGCUCCAGUAACCUACCCAGUGAAUACACCUCAAGUGCCUGUGUAUGGAAUGGUACCCACUCCGAUUGGAGCUGCACCUAUUAUGGCACCCCAGCCUAUGAUUUAUACCCAAACAGGUCUAAGGCCAACAAAUCCCUUUGCACCUAUCUCUGGAACACAGAUACAGUUUAUGUAGAACUGCCAAAGCAGCAAGACACUUUGACAACCAAAUAUUGGUAGAAAGAAGACAGAACUUUUAAACGGCAGUCUUCACCCAGGGCACAUAUCUGCUCCCCGUACAUUAUAAAUUACUUUGAAUUGCUGUGCUUUAAAGAUUCUUGUUAUAGCAGUCAGUAUGUUAUGAAAUCAAGUUUGGCUUUGGAUAGUGUAAGACUGUUUUCAGUGCAAAGCUGAAGUAUUUUGAAGAUGAAAGUCAGCAAAAUAUGAAAAGAAAUCCCUGACUUUCUCUUGUUAAAGAAGAAUCCUUUGCAGCAUUUCCAUCCUACAGCUAGCCUCUAGUAAACUAGUGGAGGGCAUAAGACUUCUAUUUAUUUCUCUCUGAACUCUGCGGCUGAUGUAAUUAUGGCACUACUUAAUGAAGUUGAGCAAUAAACUUUUCAGGUUCUCUUAAGGGGUACCUGAUACGAAAAGUACUCUGAUAAGAAUAAGACGUUAUCAUAGAUGCCAAUACCGCGUGAAACCCGAUCACUUUUUCUCGCGUUAACCUAGCUUCUUCUAAUUCACAAAUUUUGUACUGUGAGUUUUAAAUGCUGUGAAUCAACUUUAAUUCAGUGUAGGCCAUUAACAAAGAACCAGUCUGUUGGCAUCGCAGCGCAGUGUUGCACAGCCAAGCGAUAGAAGCAUUUUUUGGCAGAGACUUGGUGUCUGGCGCUAGUCUGAGGAAGCCGGUCUGUUGCAGAGGAGUCCGUGCAGUUCCGGUGUUGAUGAGGAGGGCCACGCUCCCUCGUGCUUUCUCUUGUGUACAGAUGGCAGCGUUGUUUCUGACUCUAGCUAGGGUUGCCUUCAAGUCCGAGAAGAUGUCCAUGGGCGGCCAGGCCAGCAGGAGUGAGUCUGGGAAGCUUUUUGCCCUUUAUGUAAGAUGCGGGGCAUUUUCUUAGUUGUUCAUCAGUGACAGAGCUGCACUUUAAGAACUGGAAAAUUGUAUUCCUGAACUCCUCCAUCCUUGUGGCCCUUGUCACAAGGAAAGGGGCAAAAGGAAAGGAGAAAAAAAAAACCCAGUCACUACAUAAAGAAACUUUUUUGUGGGGUGGGGGGUGGGAAGACUGUAAAUAUUUGUAAACCUUUAAGUACAAAAUUUCUCCAAUGCUGCAGAACCUUUUUUUCCCUUCCUUUGUAACACAUUCAAAAUGCAAAUAUUGUACUGCUUUAAGAAAUUUAAUGCAAAUUUCUUUUUGUAUGGAAAGAGACAAUUAAUCUUGAAGAUUCAUAACAUAUUAUUGCACUGUGGAGAGAGCAUAAGAAGUGUAAUAAUACAGCCUGAUGGUCCAAGACUUUCAAACCCCUCAGUAAUAAGAUGACAUUAAAAAUUACUGUGUAAUUUGACACAUGGAGUUCCUGGCUUAUUUAUGAGGGGAAUCUGUAAGAACAUUUUUUUGUUACUUCUUAUCAAAGAAGAAGAAAACAGUUGUUCCCCUUUUAUAUCACUGCCACAAGGAUUUUCUUGUCUUAAGCCCAUUACAGUAGCAAUAAUGGUGAAAAGAAGAUAUAUUAUUGCCACCACAGCUUUCUUUCAUAAAAGUUGCCCCAUGUUUUCGCCAUCAAAUGUUUUGAAAUGCAGUGCUUGGGCUCGUUUUUCCAAGUGUUUGCCAAGUUGUGGCCCUUGUUCUUUGGAAAAAGGGGUUUGCAGCAACAAAAAGUACUUUUGUGGAUCAGGCUGCAUCAAAUUCUAAGAAACCAGUCUUUACUUUGUAAGUGUCUUUUGUGUUUGUUAAUAUUGUGCCAAGAAUGUAAAAAUGAUGCUUGCUUCAAAAAUGAUAUACUUGUUUUGUCAAACUAAACAUGGUUUUUUUUAAAAAAAAAGAAUCAUUUUUUACAUAUGUGUUUGCAAUUUGUAACCACUAACUUUGUAUGGAUUAAAUGUUGCAAGUGGAAAAAUGUUUUAGACCAAAUCUGGGCAUGUACUGGCAAAGACAUAAACUGGAUGCAUGUAAUUAAAUGUGGAAAGUGGAUUCUCAAGGGCUUUUGGCUUUAAUGUACUCUCCAGGUUUGUCCAAAACCAAUAUUUAUUGUGGCCCUGUAAAAGCUGGAGCAGCUUAUGUAUGGGGCUUGUUUUAGUAGAUAUUCUAGUAAGUUAAUUCAAUUAAUCCUCAUUUAGGAUUGUAUAAUCUUGCUUCCAACCAAUUUUCGGUCUUUCAGUCCAGUUUAAACCAGUACAUGUGCUUUAAAUGACAUGCAUUUUAUAAUAACUAACUAGAAAUGUUUGACCAUGUAAAGUUUGAGACUGUAAAAUAAGAAGCAACCUUUUUAACGCCCUGAGAUUAUUUUCUAAUCAUUCAGUUUAGCUAUGCUUAAUUUAUUUACAUUUACUAGCUGCAAUCUUACAGCAAGAAACUUCAUGCAAUACCCAAUUACUCAGAGGGAACUUCAGCUCUCCAGAUGGAAGUGUAUUUUUAUGUCUUAUGUCCUUUAUACAAUAUUAUAUACUAAUCAUUUGUUUUAAUUGAAUUACAACUCGAAGCAUAGUAAUAUCAAUCACAAUAUUCCCAUCAUAACAUCCUGAGUACUUACAAUACUCUUUUUAUUUAAUUGGAGUAUGAUCCAUAAAAGUGGACCAUAUUUAAUUACAGUUGUCUUUUUACCCCACCCUUUAAUUUAUUAACAUGCCAAUAACCUGCACAAUUUUUUGGAGUAUUUGUAUCUUCCCAUUCUUGCCAUCUUCAAAAUGAUUGCACAAUCAACUGUCUCUUUCCCAUAGCACAAGCGCAAAACUGUCCUAUGUCCUCAAACCUUUCAAUUAUUUGCAUUAUUAAAUAAUUGAAUGCAAAUAUGUCUCCUCAAUAACAUGAGGAUAUCCAGUAGGCCCUGUGAAACAACAUUAUUCUUAUCCUGUGAUGGAUUGAGAAAGCGUUUUUAAGAACAUUUACCUGUAUACGAAUGUGAUUUUCAUCAACGUCAGAGUUCCGUCUUAUCCUGAGUGAAUCUAAAUUUGAAGCUCACAUUUUCAUCCUAUAACCAAGGAGCUGAAUUUCACAACUCAUGAACUUUUCCUGAACAAUAAACAACCUUGGUUUUUUUUAAAUUCAAUUGAGCAUUGCCAUCUAUUCUGCAAGGUUACUGUCAGUCAGUGUCUAUCAACUGUAAAUAUUAGCAUUGAAACUUGGAAGGUAGUAUUUAGUUUGUAGUUCUCUAAAUGACACUUAAGCAAUCUUACUCACCCACUAGUUUCUAAUGUAGAGGGGGUAAGAGGCCUCGCCAGCUGCUAAAUCAAGGAAGGAGGCUUUAGUCUCCUAUCUUGGUUGGCAUAGGAGAGGGCAGGGGAAGCAGAGUUGUGCCUAGCAGAGUUGUUUCGUUGCCGGUGGUGCUUACAGCCAAACUGGGACCCACUGAGCAAUUUGGCUGCAAGUCCUUGCCAUGCUCCGUCCUUGUGCGGUAUCUGAAGAUUUGGAGGUCACCUGCCUCUGUGGAAAUGGGUGUAGCGUGUAGUUGUUUGCUGCAAGAUUGCAAGGGAUUGUUUUUAUUCUUGACCCUAGCAGGUAGGUGGUGGUCACUGCUAACUUUAUUGGAAUCGCUGGGGCUAAAAUUCUGUGCCAUUCUUGCCAGAAAUGAUGUACAGGCAGCUGUACUGGUAUCAACUUCCAGUUGGCCAAAGCUUUUUAUGGUGAUAUUAGCGCUGUUAUAAUUGAACUGUCUGGAGAUGCAGGAUUAUAAGUAUCUGAUAGCAAAGGUGGGAUUGUGUUGUUGUUCAGUUGCAAGGUCAUCUCCGACUCUUCCCAACUCCAUGGACAACAUUCCUCCAGGUUCUCCUGUCCUCCACUAUCUCCCAGAGUCCACCCAACCCCACACCUACCUCCCCAGGGACCCCAUCCAGUCACCCCAACCUCUGCUGCCCCUUUCUCUUUUUGCCUUCAAUUGCUGCCAGCAUCAGGGUCUUUUCCAACGAAUCCUUCAUGGGGACUUGACAGUUGCCCCUUCCCUAUAUGAUAAAUUUAAUAACAGAUUAAGGGAAAGUAUAAAAAGAACCUAGUUAAACACAGAACAUGAUAGUCUAAGAUUUAAGUUGCAGUCCUAUGUAAAGAGCCAAGCCCUUUAAAUUCAAUGGGGCUUGCUUUGCAGUAGCCAUGCAACGGAAUAUGCUACAUAUGAGAUCCUAGAGUUGCUUUGUUGAUGAGAAAACAAGAUGGUGUCCAACCUACUUCAACCAACUUUUGAUCAGCUCCCUCCUUGAUAACAUACCGGGAAUAAUAACACAUUUUAGUACCUUUUCUAGUUAGUCAUGGCAUGACCUCAUCCACUGAUAGUUUUACUACAAAUGUUUGCUUAUGUGCUUAAACUAGCAGUAUUGUGGUUUCCUUGUCACAAGAUUAUCUCUUGAAACCCGUUGAGUUUGUUGGGAUUGCCACUCGAAUAUGUGUGCAUAGGAUGCAGCCUCAAUCUUGCAUUGACAUGGCAGGGUUGCUCUUUUGGUUGUGCAUCAUAACUGGGCUAAUAGCUCAAGGCAGUAUUUUCCCCAGAUAUUCAGAGACAAUAUUUAUGAGCAGUAGGAGAAGAGACCACACAUUCAUAACUUCAUGGGUCAACCACAUUUUCUACAUUCUCCUGAACAAAUAAUGUAGAAAUUAGGGAUUUAAGUGCAAAAUUUUAAAAUGCCAAGAAAUCCCAUCUCAGAAGUGUUCGGAAGAACGACAGUUCGAUUAUAACAUGUUUGAUUUCUUGCUUUCUUAAAGAGGCUGAGAGCAAUGGCAGUUGCCUCUGGUGCCUUUCUAGGAAGCCAUGGGAGAUUCCAAGAGUGGAGAAAGGCGCACUGUAAGAACCAGUGCAGAUGUGAUUGUGGUUGGCUCUUUUGUUCUCCACGUCGUUGACCUAGUUAAUACAGAGCUGAAGGUAGGGUCUGAUUUCAAGAUGAUAAGACAUUCACAGGUGAGGGCUGCUAAACCUCGGUGGCAUUUGCCCACAUGCCUUUUUCUCAUCUCUGCUCUGAUACUGUCAGGUCACAAUCCUUUGCAUGUUUAGACGAAAAAGGGGGUGUUAGAACCCCUUCAAUGGUAUGGAGGCAAUAGGAAGUGAAGGCCACAGACUGGGAGGGUUCAGUUCCCCUUACUAGGUUGGUCUCUGGAUAUUAAACUCUCACAUCGCUGCAUCCCAUAGAUUAAGUGAGGCAUGAAUAAACAAAAUAUGGCAGUCACUAUCAUAUUUAGUUGGUCUGAAGAAGAAAUCAAUUGUGAUAAUAUUGGGUAUAUUGUCAUACUUGAAAAUGUCUCUUCUAAAGCUGUUCUAAAGUUUUUCUACAUACACAUUAAUUUCUUUAAAAUGCCAUAAAAGACAUUUUCGUUCUCUGCAUAUAGUAAGAAUCUGUGGACUUUUUGUUAAAAAGGCAAGUAUACUUUUUGGGAGUAAAUUGUUGUCUUUAACUUUAAAUACAGGGUGUACCCAGGUGGGGGUUUUGUUUGUUUUUUGUGGGUAGGAAAAGAUGGGCUACGGAUUUAGAGUAGAAUGCACUGUGGAUCAGUGCUUUUAUUUGUACAUAAAAGGGAAAACAUUUUUUCUUAAGUAGCCUGCAUUUUGAGGACAACGUCAGAAUGCACUGUGAACAGGUCAUUUCCAUUUUAAAGAUUAUAUUUUGAGUAAUGGGAAACUGUACAUGUUCUUGCUACAGUUAUUGGAGAUUAUGUAGAAAUAGAUAGAUUGCUUUUGACUCUGAAGGUGUAAUUUGGCUUUUUGACUGUCAUGUACUGCUUAAAUAUGCAUUGUGUAGUUACUUUUCCCCCAUAGCUAUCUAAUACCUGUUUAUUUUUAAAGAUUUUAAUAACCAGUACAGUCUCUCUUCUCACCCUAUGUUUCUUUAGUAUUCUCCAAAUUUGGUAAAUCUUUGGUAAAUAUAUUUCUGCAUCAAACACUGAAAGAGGAAGGGAAAGGUUAUAGACACAUCUGUUUACCUGUUUUUUUCUCUUCUGAUCAGCCAUUUCAUCUUACUGUUCCUAUAUUCUUGCCUCCCACCCCCAGUGCAGUAAGUUUCUGCCUUUUUGUGGAUAUCUGUUUAUUGAAAAGAAGUUUUGGAUGGCUUUUAAAAAUUAGUGUGUACUUGUGCUCAGAGUUAGAUCCAUAUAUUUGAAAUGUUUAUUUAAAAUCCUUAGGUCUUGCAUCUGAAACAGAAAAUCAUAGUGGGAUUCCCUGCUCCCCAAAAACUGCCCGAAUUUGUAGAAGAGACAACCAACAACCUGGACUGGGCAACUUGUGUGUCUCCAGGUGUUUUCCCCAUCAUGUCUCACUAUUGGCUCUGCUAGUGAUGAUGGGAACUGCUGCCCAGAACAGCUAACGGGCCACAACUUGUUCACGACAACAAAAAGUGUAAUAGGCUGGAGAUUUAAUUGGCUUUAGGUCCCUUGUGCUCAUGAAACAAUGAUCACACCAAAGUGGUAACUCUUCGGCUGCACUGACAUGGGACAGAUCGGCCAAGACCAUCAAAAUGAGUUCCCUUAAAAAUCGGAGCUGGUGUAAGUGAAGCUAGCCUUGUUUGAACCCAACCGCAGCACUGAGUUUGGGGAGCAAAAUGCUCUUGCAAACCAGCUCACUGCACUGUGCCCACCCCCACCCCCCAGGCAAGUUUUGGCGUACAUGGGCAGCCUGCUGAUGAGCAAGAGCAGAGGGCCAAACUAAAUACUAAAACCAAAAGUGGGAUCAUGUGUCCAUGUUUAAAGAGAUAUUGGCCGAGGGAGGGUGGGAUCCCUCCAGGCCCAGAGCUGUUGUUGGGGAAAUGAUACUAACCCCAGUGGCAGCUUCUCUCCCAGUACAAGCAGCAUGCUGGGGCAGGGGUCACCGUUACGACAGCAGGUGAGAAAGACCUGCUGCUUAUGUGUACGGUGUUCCAGAUUCCCACAACCGUACCUGCUAUUUCAUUGAGAGACAAUACACCAAAUGAGAUGAUACUGCCCUCUCGUUCGAUCCAGACCCAUCAGUCGAAGUGAAAGAUCUUUUAGACAAAUAAACCUGAAUUAACAUGAACCCUACAAACUUCUCAGGAUUUGGAGAGCACCUGUGUGGAUUUUUGCUCAGUCUGCAUGGGCGUAAAAUAGUGCUCGCUGAGCAAGAAGAGCAGUCCACUCCUUACAUUUAGCAGCAAAUAUGGGAAGAUGCUUAUAUGACGGCAGCAUCCGCUAGUUAUUAGCAGGAGCAGUGGGAUGGCAAAGCAUCUCAUCGCCAGUGUAGUGCUACCAGGCAGGCUUGCCCAUGAGCCGAGUUCUGCAAAAUUCAAAUCUGCAUUUCUAUAACUGUGCAUUAGUGGCAAAAGCUAAGUUAACCUGACACGCCUUCAGCUCAAUGAGGGCUAGCUCCUUUCUCAUACCUGGCAUUUUUGCGGUGUCCACUGCCCUCUGGUUGUGAUCGAAACAGACUCUCUUCAGAAAAAAGCAUACAGGAUGCUUCUGCAGAGUUGGCUUGUUUUACAGACAAAGAGAAAAGUCUGACGACCAUAUUUUCCAGUUUGAGAACCAUCCUAAGUUAAAAUUCAGAGGCCAACAAAAGCUGCCACGUUACCUAAGUGACAAACAGCAAACCUUAGAAUGCUGAACGAAUACCUAGUAGACAAGAACUUUAUUCCACCAGUCCAAUUAACACAAGAUGCUGUUUUCUUGGUACCCACGGUAAUAGUGAAGUCUACCUGAAGCAUCAGCUUCACAUAGACCUGGGUUUGCCAACAUGGGUUCAAUAAAUAUCCCACAACUGAUACUUCCAAAAAUUUCUUUAAAAGGCACAAAGUCUUUGUAAAAAUGUAACUAAAUCCAAGUAGAGUUGAAAAUCUAAGUUGUCUCAGCAUUAAAACAUUAAUGAAUGUAUUUUCUCUUUUUUAUUUUGCAAAUACAGUAUGGAUUUCUGCAAAUGGUUUUGUACAUUUUUGUAUUUGAAAUGCUUUUCUCAGUUGACAUUUUGUUUCAUAUUUGAGAUGUAGUCUAGUGGAGUGCAUGGUGCUUUUUCUAUUUCGCCUAGUAAACAUGAUGUCUCUUUAUUCAUCUCCUAUCUACUUUCCCUUCCAAAAGUUGAAAAAUGUGAACAAGCCACAUCUAGCCAUGUAACAGAUAAGUUCAGUUCCUGACUCCUCUUUUCUCCUCUCCUCACCCAAACACCUUAUUUCGCUGAAGCACAGGAUCGGCUAUGUUAACACUUUAAUUCUCAUACUUCAUGACUUGAUUUAUAUAAAACAGGGAAGUGGUUGUGACUGUUGCCUAGAGUCCUCCAUUUUGUUAAUGAAACAGGUUUUGGAAAAUAAACUUUGGCACAAAGUG